CGGCGCCGAGGUGGAUUUCUGCGCGCAGCUUGACUCCGCAGGUCGAAGGCAGCGGCAGCAGCAGCAGCAGCUUCAGUCCGUCGACCUGCCGCCGCCGAGGAGCAGAGCCCCGCUGUCAUCCGAGCAGGAUCAUGGAAUAAACAUGGCCCACAACAGAAGCUUUUUCUUCGAAGCCCUGGACAGAUCGGACACCAGGCGAGAUGGAGGCUACAAGCACAACUGGAGCUUUUCUCUUCCCGGUGACAGUGAGGCGGAAACGAGACAUGAUACGAGCGUGAUGAGCAUGGAGGAGAUGAGCCGGCAGCAGCCGACCUCUCCCGAGGAGAAAAAGUCUCCGACCCUGCGGCACUUCACCUCCUCCGAUCCCCUGAGGACGUACGAAAACCGGCCAAACAAUCACAUGAGGCCUCUGAACAAGUUGGGACCCAAGAAGCUCAGCGACGUCCCUCUCACCGUAGCAGCGUCCUCCCCCAACAGAACCAACUACUUCAUCAUCAGCCCGGCACCGUCACAAGGAAUCGUUCUACAGGGACGCCACUUCCAGCACGCACAAACGCCCUCUGCAAUAAGGAAACCAGUCCAAAGAAACGACUUCUCCACCACACAACAAGCUGUAGAAGUGGAAAGCAUCGUCCUCACCUGUCCAGAGAUCACAGACGACGAAGGCCUGAACGUCAAGCGUCGCGUGCAGCAGAAGAGAAAAUCGUUGGAGGGCUGCUGUAGUUUCCCUUUGCAGGUCAAAGCAGCAGAGCCUCUCCGACCGACCGUCUUUCCGUCGGUGUGCGUUAAGUGCAACAAGCCGAGCAAAGACAACAAGUGUCAGAGCUGUGGGAGCAUCGUGGCGCUGUUGCCGUGCCAACAGGCCACACUGCCGUCCCCGAGCCCACGGCCCCCCAUCAGGUCCCAGCCCUCCACCGGACCGAACGGUCCGCAGCCGAGCUUCUACAAGCCGGCCACGACCGUCAGGGCGCCGCCGCCGCGCGGGGAGACUCUGCCCGUACGGGUCUCCAGCAGCAGGGGAACCCUGCUGCCGCUGAACAACGGCAGGUCCCCUCCGCUAGCCGGGACGUCCAGCUGCUGCGGGGCCAGGAACCCCAGGAAGAGGUCGACAGCGGCGGCCCAGCGGCACGAGCUCAACGACCCCAUCGUCCUGUCCAGCGACGACGAGGACGACGCCGCCGACAACGCCAGCACAGGAAGCGUCAACCGAGUGGACAGCGUUUCCCCUCGACCCGCCGACUCGGCGCACUCUUCGCCGGCGCCCUCCGGGGGCCGAGUGGAGGCAGCGGUGAAGAGCCCCGGCGAUCAGGAGGAGACGGGCACCGGCUUCUUUGAAGACGUCAACAUGAAGAUCACGAUACCGCGGCGAGCGCGGAUGAAAGACCAGUUUGGAAAUCAACCUCCCGGGGUUUUGUCGCCGAGGACAAAAAAGCCCAAGUUCCUCCCCAACAAGUGCGACAGCAUCAUCCUGGAGUGUCGGAGCGUAAGAGUCGGAACUCUACGCCGGAUGGUGACGAAGCCCGUCGUGUUUUCCAUCGAGCACAUCCAGCUGGAAACCGAAGGUCCGGAGCCGAACAGCGUGGAGCAGGUUUGUCUCCGGGCGUCGGAGCUGAUCAGCUGCGAGUGGUGCAGCGUCCGGAAGCUUCCCGUCUUGUUCUUCCAGACGACGCUGGCGGAGUGCGAGCGCCUGCGCAGGCAGCACAACAUGUCGCAGGAGAAGGGAGGGCUGUGGUACGACUGCGCCGGAGACCAGACGGACGAGAAGUACAUCGUGCUGAUCUUCGAGAACGGCCUGGCGAUGAAGGAGCAGAUGAUCCUGGAGGACAUCCUGGGCGAGAUCGGCCGGACCAACGACCUCGUCCACUUCCCCACCAAGCUGCCGUUUGAGGAGGCCAACAUCCGCCUGGUCAACUACAACAAGGCCACCAAGCAGAAGGAGGAGAAGGCGAAUCCGAGUCAAACCCCUCCCGCUGCGGUCGGCAAGGUGACGCAGGUCGCCGCAGGGACACCCGUCCGCACGCGGAUGACCACGCGUCAGCAGACCAGCACUUACUUUGAGGACGAGGACAUGACCGACCUCCAGCCGACCUUCUCCGGCCCGAUCGUCAAGUUGAUGGUGUAUCCUCCUCCUCCAGCCAAAGGCGGAAUAUCCGUCACCAACGAAGACCUGCACUGCCUUAACGACGGGGAGUUCCUCAACGACGUCAUCUUAGACUUUUAUUUAAACUAUUUAGUUUUAGAGCGAUUGAAAAAAGAAGACGCACAGAGGAGUCACGUGUUCAGCUCCUUCUUCUACAAGAGGCUGAACCAGCGGGAGCGGAGGAACGUCCCCGACGCCACCAACCUGCCAAUCCAGAAGAGGAAGCACAACCGGGUGAAGACGUGGACGCGGCACGUGGACCUGUUCCAGAAGGAUUUCAUCUUCGUUCCCAUCAACGAGUCAGCUCACUGGUACCUGGCCGUCAUCUGCUUCCCGGGCCUCGAGGGUCCGGUGUACGAGCAGAACCCGCUGUACCGCGGCCCGGAGGAGAACGUCCCGGACCACUGUCGCCCCCUGUCCCCGGACCGAGACAUGCCGGACGGCUCCUCCUCCUCCUCCUCGGAGCGGACGUCCCACCCCGAGGCGUUCGUAGGCGGCGUUCGGCCCGAUGGCCUCGACCUCGCCGCGGAGAACUCCGCCUUCAGGGCCAACGGCGAAUCGUCCAACGGCGAGCAGCAGUUCACCAGCGAGUUGCACAGAAUCAGCGUUUGUUACGGUUCGAGCAAAGGCGACGACGACACCUUCACCUUCUCCGACGACCAGAGCUCCUGUCAGGACGAGUGCAGCGAGGACGGGACUCUGGCCGAGGACACGCUCGGCUCCGACGCCUCCGGUCUGGCCUCCAAAGCAAAUGUCUGCAGACAGCCUUGCAUCCUCAUCAUGGACUCGCUGCGCGGCCCGGCCCGGUCCACGGUGGUGAAGACUUUGAGAGAGUACCUGGAGGUGGAGUGGGAGGUCCGUAAAGGAACUCAGCGGAGUUUCGGGAAGGACGUGAUGAGGGGCUCCAGCCCCCGAGUGCCGCAGCAGGACAACUUCAGCGACUGUGGCGUUUACGUGCUGCAGUACGUGGAGAGCUUCUUCCAGAAUCCCAUUCCCAGCUUCCACCUGCCGGUGAACCUGUCUGAUUGGUUCCCUCAGCAGCGGAUGAAGACGAAGCGCGAGGAGAUCAGGCGGCUGAUCCUGAACAUCCAGGCCCAGCAGGAGCUGGACCGGGACCAGGUCCCGGACCAGGUCCCGGACCAGGUCCGGGCCCCGGCCGGCUCCCCCGAGAUCCAAGAGACUUCUGGGUCGACUGUCCGGCCGCCAAACAUUCUCAUCAGCCGCUGAAACUGAAACAGGCUCCGCCCACUUCCAUCCCUCCCUCCUCGCCGAGCAGGGAUUGGCUGAUCGUACGCUGCUGGUUUCACCUGGAAAUCUGUGAACCUCCCUCCGUAUCCCACAGACAUUAAACUCACCAUUAAAUUUGUAUUGAAUAAAAAAAAAACCUGAACAUGUAAAUACGCUGGAGUUUUUCCCGCUGCCUUUGUAAUUUACCGUUUUAUGACUCGUGGCCCGUUAACUUAUGUUUUCUCAGAUGUUCCUCGUUUCCGGAGAACCUGUGCAGAAGAUACUGUUUCGCUCUGGCAUCGUUUAAUUUUUUAUGCUUCCAUAUGCUGUGUAGAGGAAAGUGACAAUAAACAAAGAGGAAGUUUC